UCAGAAAUUUCGUCUUGUUUUUUUAAAAAUCUUGACAACUUUGUUAAGGAUAUUGACUUAAGUCAGAAAUUGUUACUGAUUUUUUAGAACUUCUGAGACUUAUCCUGGCUUGUUUUCUAAAUAUUAUGACUUAGGUUAGAAAUUGGUACCGUUUUUCCAGAACUUCCGACUUAUCUCUCCGAUUCCGAUUUCUUUAUCGCAAGUUCUGACUUAUUUUACAAAAAUUCCGGCUUCUUAUUUUGUAAAUUCUGAGUUGUUUUCUAAAUAUUCAGAAAUUCUGUUUCCCCACCGAAAACUAUCAAUGACAAUUCCCAUCGUUCGAUAUUUGCCGAUGUAAUCAAGCAGAUAUCUUGAUUUCUCAUCGGCCGGCGUCGCGACGGCGAAUUCGGCGGAAUUAUAAAACGAUUAUGCGUUGCAUUUCGGGGAGGUGGAAAUAUUUAUAACCGGCGCGCGUGUGUGCGUGUGUGUGUGUGUGUGCACCGACAUAGAAAAACAUAUAAAGCGAUCGGUUUGUCAAACGAGCUUCGUGAUUUCGGUCGAAGGGAUCGGCGGGUGUCGAUCGCCAGCGAAAAAUUUCCGAGAAUCGUUCAAGAAAUAAAAUUACAGCCCGGCGUUAUCGGGAACUCCGUUUUAUGGCGCGUUUUUCGACAGACUUAACCGGUGUUGUCUCGCUAGCAUUGACCCAAUAAACGAGCAGUCGCGAGUGAUUGAGAAAGCGGGACUUAUUUUUCGCAAAGUGUUGCAGGGGAUGGGGAUGACGAGGCUCGCCGUCGCGACGCUGCUCGUCCUUUUUUUCGCCCAACGCACAGGCGCCUGUAGCUGCAUGAUGCAGCAUCCGCAGCAGCAGUACUGCAAUUCCGAUUUUGUAAUCCUGGGGCGCGUCAGGCGCGAACAAACUUACAACUCGACCUACAUGAGGAUCUAUAAGGUCAACGUGAGGAGAAAAUUCAAGAUAUCGGAGAAAGGCGAGGUUGCCCUCAAAGCGGGACGCGUCGUGACGCCCCUGGACGGCGCCAUGUGCGGCGCGGGCCUCCCACUGGGCAAACUCUACGUCAUUUCGGGACGCAUCGUCAACUUGAAGCCACUGUUCACCCUGUGCGAUCUAGUCGGCGAGUGGCGCCACUUCACCAAACGCCAACAGAAGGGCCUGAGGUUGCUCUACGAGCGUGGUUGCUCUUGUCGCAUCUCGAACUGCCUUUACCGUUCAUGUCGUCGUCACAAAGACUCCUGCUCGUGGCAAAACGAGUGCGAAAUACAACAGGGCGUGUGCCUGCGUAGCAGCGGCGACAGCUGCGCGUGGGGCAAAACCAAGAAACUAGCGGCCUGCAGGAGAGAGAAACGCAGGCCGAGCGCGUUCGUGCCCUAAGCAGCCCUUAACCCUUGAGCAGACCGUCGCCGUAACGUCGUAACUACCACCAAUCUUACCAACCAUUUCUGUGUGAUCCGGAUAGAAGGUCUGCUCGAUCAGGGGGAACGAGUCUUUGCCGAAUCUCCUCUGGAGCUGC